AUGGAAGAAAGAGAUGACAUCUUCAAUUCAAGUUCAUCUUUAAAUCACGACAGUACUCUUAGGAUAGGCGUAGAAAAUUUCAAAUCUAUCUAUAUUAAUCAAGCAAAAAAGAUUAUAAAAGAUUUUAGCGAAUUAGAUAAUUUAAAUGGAUUUAAACAGUUAGUUGAAAACUUUGAAAUAGAAUUAUCAGAAGAAAUAUUGAUUAAAGCAUUUAAACUACUUAAAAGAGUAUACUAUUCUCCUGUCGUUCUAAGCUAUGAAAUUAGCGAGCAACUUUAUAAACAUUUAAGCAAUUUUGUUGAUUUUCAUUAUAGAAUGACAAAUGCUUUUAAGCAAGGUGUUGGCAACAGUUUUAAUAUGCGUGAUGAUGAAACACGUAUAGAUGAAAUUUUACGACAUAUUAAAGAUUUUCUUUUAGCGUUUAUUCAUAUUUCAUCUAAAGCUGCUGAAGCAGUAUCAGGGAAUAUUUCGGGAGCACUAGACAUUGCUCAAGCUUUUAAAUUCAAAUAUCCUAUUACUUAUUGGUAUCCAAUAUGGCGAGAGCUUUUAUCAAUUCAAUAUUUAUUAGGGAAUUUAGCUAAGGAUGAUAAUUAUAAUAAAUUACGAUUCUAUAAUGAAACUUACCUUCUUGAAUUACUGUGGCAAUGUAUCUUUGAUUUAAAACCAACCACACCACCUAAUUCACUAUGGUUUGGAAUUUUAGAUCUUGCUCAACAUUUAAGCCAAAAAACAACCCAAGUCGUUAGUUUAGCUCUUUGCUAUUAUUUAGCUUUAGAAUCAUUACAAAAUUCUAAAUGCAAUUAUAUUUGCUUUAAAUCUUUAGAAUUACUUUUAUCAUUAUCUUAUCAAAAACCAGAAUUGUUUAACGAAAUAGUUAAAGAUGAUAUCAACAAAUACAAGGAAUCAUUAUCAACAACUUCCCAACAAAUAUUCGAAAAAAUUAUUCAUGAUGUAAAUCAAAAACUUCAAUUAAAUCUUAAAUUUAUGAAUCAAUUAAAUGUGACAGAAGAACUUACUUGUCCAAUUACUAAGCAAAUAACUGGAGAUUUUUUAAUUUUAACAUGUAGACAUUCUAUUAGUUGUUAUGCUAUUAAUAAAUGGAAAGAAGUAAUAACAAUUGAAAAUAGAUUAUUUAAGUGUCCUUUUUGCAAAAAUGAAAUUGAAUUAAAUUCAACUUAUAACUUUCCAAAAAAUAAAAUAUUAGAAAAAGAUGAUCUAUUUUUAAAAUUUAAUAAAAAUAAAAUAUUUCAAAAUUUUAUGCUUUCAAAGCUUUCUGCUCCAAUUUUUCAAAAAAUUCAACCAAAGUUAACUCAAGUCUUAAAAUUACACCCAAAAAGCUAUUCAAUUCGAUGUAGAAGAGCGUUUGCAUCUUAUAAACUUAAAAUGUAUUCAAAGGCUAAAGAUGAUUUAGAUAAGCCUGAUAUUUCGUGA